CCCCGAGUAAGUCCCCACUGGCGCGGAUUGCAUCAAUCUGAGAUUCGAGAAACCACAUGCUCUUUCAACUCUGACAAACUUGCACCUUGUUUUUGGCCGCUUCUCCGUUCUCUGAUGGAAGGACAUUCUCUAUUGUCCGUCGCUCCUUUCUGGAUUGUGCAGUCAUUUUAUAUGCCAUGCUAGUCUUUAUUUCUAGCUCUACCGCAGCAACAGAAUCGAAGUGCACGUGCCAUGAAAAUGGCCUCACGACCCAUCCUCUCGGCGCAUCUUCUUCGCCAGCCCUCGAGGGCACGUCGGAGCCUCACUAGGCAUGCGUUUUCAUGCAACAUAUGCACAUCCGGCCCCCGAACUGUGCCUCGAUGUAGAUCUGGGGCUGCUGUGUCCAACUCGGGACUUCAGAACCGUCCCUCAACCCAUCUAUGUUGCUUCCCCGCAGUGUUCCCUGCAGGCGGCGUCACUGUCGGCCAGAGGAGGCGCGCUUCGGCAGUGGCUGCCGCUACAGAAAACAAUGCCGCCAGUAACGACGACAUUGGACCGAUCCAGGAGUACGAUUUGCGCGUCCAGCGAGGGAGUCUGAAAAAUGACGAACAUCAGAGAGGUAUUAUCCAGAGCCUGCAGCACCUACACGACGAGCUGCGGCACUACCACCCUCGACCGGUUGUGCGACCAACCCUCGAGUCUCUCAAGCCUGCCAAGUCCUUAUUCGGGUCCUUGUUUGGCAGCAAAGGGAAGACUGCGGCAAUAGAAGAGAUACCCCAGGACCUACCACAAGGCCUCUACCUCUACGGUGACGUGGGGAGCGGGAAGACGAUGCUGAUGGAUCUGUUCUACGACACUCUGCCGAGCAGCGUCAAGUCCAAGACUAGGAUACACUUCCACAACUUCAUGCAGGACGUGCACAGGCGGCUGCAUCGCUUAAAAAUGGAGUACGGCAACGACGUGGAUGCGGUGCCGUUCGUGGCAGCGGACAUCGCCGAACAGGGCAACGUGCUGUGCUUCGACGAGUUCCAAUGCACCGACGUAGCCGACGCCAUGAUCCUCCGGCGGCUGCUGGAGUCGCUCAUGUCGCACGGCGUGGUGCUAGUAACGACGUCCAACCGGCACCCGGACGAGCUGUACAAGAACGGCAUCCAGCGCGAGUCGUUCGUGCCGGCGAUCCACCUGCUCAAGCGGCGCCUGCACGUCAUCAACCUCGACUCGACGACCGACUACCGCAAGAUCCCCCGCCCGCCCUCGGGCGUCUACCACACGCCGCUCGACAGCCACGCGGCCUCGCACGCCGAGAAGUGGUUCCGCUUCCUCGGCGACCCGGACACGCCCGAGCCGCACCCGGAGACGCAGCGCGUCUGGGGCCGCGAGAUCCACGUGCCGCGCGUCAGCGGCCGGUGCGCCUGGUUCACCUUUGACGAGCUGAUCGGGCGGCCGACGUCGGCGGCCGACUUCCUCGAGCUGGUGCGGUCGUACGACGCCUUCGUCGUCACCGACGUCCCCGGCAUGACCUUCCGCCAGCGCGACCUAGCCAGGCGCUUCAUCACCUUCAUCGACGCCGUCUACGAGGCGCAGGCCAAGCUGGUCCUCACCACGGCGGCGCCGCUGGCCGAGCUGUUCGUCUCGCGCGAGGAGAUGCGCGAGUCCAUGGCCAAUGCCGGCGACGGCGAUGGCGACGGCAAUGGCGAACGCGUCGAUGAGGCAAUGAGCCACCUGUUCGAGUCCAUGGAGAACAACCUGGAGCAGCUCAAGGGCUCGAACCUGUUUACGGGCGACGAGGAGGCCUUCGCCUUCGCGCGGGCGCAGUCGAGGUUGAGCCAGAUGGGGAGCAGGGAGUGGGUUGAGAGGGGCAUGGGCUUGGAGAAGGACGGCGGGAAGAAGGAGAGGGAUGACUGGGCCAAGACGAGGAGUAGGCAGAUGGAGGAUAGCAUGUGAGUGUUGUCGCCGAUACCCCCCUUUUUUUGAGUACUCAGCAUCAUGAUGAGCGUUCUGCGAGGGCGCUCCAGACGGAUGGGCUUCAGUUGGAAACAACGCGUGCAGCUUUGUUUUUGAUUGUGUUUCAGCAUUGCGUCUUGCGCCCUAUGGAGCAGCGGGAGU